AUGUUCGAGAAUUCCACCGAGGAUGCGGACGAGUGGUACGAAUACGAUCCAGGGGCUGACUUCGCAUCCCCGGGCGACGUGGACGCGCUCCGCGCCAGGUUCCGCCAGGAAUGCCUGCCCCUCGACCACGCCCACUGCAGGGAUCUCCGCCCGGGAGACAAGCUCUGCCUCGCCUACUAUAUCCACGGCGAAGUCGAGGAGCUCAAGUACUACGACGCCGUCCUCGAAACCGUAAAGAGGGCAGCGCACGGCGUGGAGGGGUGCGCGUGCCGUUUCACGGUCCGCUGGACGGAGGGGCCGCGCAGCGGUUGCUUGGACAAGGUCGGCAUCAAGGUGGUCUGCUGCGUGCCGGAGUCACCGAUCCAAGAUCCGGUGCUGAGCGAGUUCCUGGACGAUCUGACAAAGAAGUUCGGCGAGGACCAAGGGACGGCGACGACAGCGUCUCAGCAGGCAGCCCCGACCCCGAUCAGCGACAGCGAGGAGGAAUUGUGCCGGUACAGUCUCGCAUACUCCUCGAGUAGUAGUCUUUUCGUCUUGUAA